AUGGCUUCCGCGGACGAGCUUAAGGCUCUGGGUAACAAGGCUAUCGCCGACAAGAACUUUGACGAGGCUGUCGCCAAGUUCACCGAGGCUAUUGCCAUCCAGCCCGAUAACCACAUUCUAUACAGCAACCGAUCUGCUGCUUACGCUUCCAAGAAGGAUUGGGAACAUGCUCUGCAGGACGCAGACAAGACCACCCAGAUCAAGCCUGACUGGGCUAAGGGUUGGGGACGCAAGGGUGCUGCCCUCCACGGACAAGGUGACCUUUUGGGUGCCAAUGAUGCGUACGAGGAGGGAUUGAAGCUCGAUGCGAACAACGCCCAGCUCAAGAGUGGUCUGGCUUCAGUCAAGAAGGCCAUGGACGCCGAAGUUGGCGGUGGUCAAGACCCUGGCGCCGGUCUCGGUCAGAUGUUCAACGAUCCUCAGCUCAUCCAGAAGCUGGCUUCUAACCCCAAGACCAGCAGCUUCCUCUCCGACCCUUCAUUCAUGGCCAAGCUACAAUCGAUCCAGCAAAACCCCAGCAACGCUGCCGAUAUGUUCAGCGACCCUCGCCUUCUGACUGUUAUGGGAGUUCUGAUGGGCGUCGAUCUGGAGAUGCGCGAGCGUGAGGUUGACCCCAACGCUCAGGACUCUCAAGAUUCUCCUAUGCCCGAUGCGCCACCAGCCCCCAAGCAGCAGCCCGCACCCAAGAAGGCCCCCACGCCCGAGCCUGAGCCCGAGGAUGAGGAGGCUCUCGAGAAGAAGAAAAAGAAGGAGGAGGCCGACAAGUUGAAGGCACAGGGUACCGAGAACUACAAGAAGCGCAACUUCGACGAGGCCAUCGAGCUCUACACCAAGGCCUGGGACACCUACAAGGAUAUCACCUACCUGAACAACCUGGGAGCCGCUUACUUCGAGAAGGGCGACUACGACAAGGCUAUUGAGGCUUGCACCAAGGCCGUUGAGGAGGGACGUGAGAUUUACGCCGACUUCAAGCUCAUCGCCAAGAGUUACGCUCGUAUUGGUACAUCUUAUGAGCGCAAGGGAGAGUUGGAGAAGGCCGUCGAGAACUACAACCGAUCUCUAACUGAGCACCGAACCCCUGAUGUCCUCAACAAGCUUCGUGCUGCUGAGCGUGCCAAGACUGAGGCUGGCAAGAAGGCCUACAUCGACCCUGCCAAGGCCGAGGAGGCUCGUGAGGAGGGUAACAAGAAGUUCAAGGAGAUGGACUUCCCUGGUGCUGUCGCCGCCUACACUGAGAUGACCAAGCGAGCUCCCGAUGACCCUCGAGGUUACAGCAACCGUGCUGCCGCUUUCGUCAAGCUCUUCGAGUUCCCCAGUGCUCUCGAGGACUGCGACAUGGCCAUCAAGAAGGACCCUACCUUCAUCCGCGCUUACAUCCGCAAGGCUCAGGCUUACUUCGGUAUGCGAAAGUACUCUGAGUGUGUCGAUGCCUGCACAGAGGCCCAGCAAAUCGACGCUGAGCACCACAAGGGCGCCAACGCUCGCGAGAUCGAGCAGCAGCAACAGAAGGCUUUCUCGGCCAUGUACUCUGCCCGUGAUAACGAGACGGAAGAGCAGACCCGAGAGCGUCUGCAGAAGGAUCCUGAGAUCAUGGGACUUAUGCAGGACCCCGUCAUGCAGUCUAUCCUUCAGCAGGCUCAGUCAGACCCUCAGGCUCUUCACGAGCACAUGAGAAACCCUGGCGUGAAGUCCAAGAUCCAGAAGCUGAUCGCUGCUGGUGUCAUUCGCGUGGGCAGGUAA